AUGUUUUUUGAGUGCCCGUGGACUGCUCAGGUUUGGGCCAGGCUAAUUCAUUACGGUUUUCCUUAUCGGCUGGCCCAUACAAUCCCUCUUGAUAGCCAAGCUCUUGAUUUCAUCGUUCAUGCGCCGGUGGGGUUGCGGUUUGCCCUUUGGUUUAUGUGGGUGGAACGCAAUAACAGGGUGUUUGGUAAGCCAUCUAAAUCUCCUUAUGCUGUUGUCAGGGAUAUCUUAUCCUUCCUCCAAUGGUGGCGGGAGACAAGGCGGCGGGCGAACAUGCUCAUGGAUGGGGCUAGUCAAGAUAGUUUUUCUAAGACUGUUACUUGGAACCCUUAUUUUUGUAAGGGUCUGAUCUUGCAUACUGACGGCUCGUCAAUGGGUAAUCCGGGUCCAUCCGGAUUCGAAGCCGUCCUGCGCAAUCACGAGGGGGAGUGGAUCGAGGGGAUUUCGGGUAACAUAGGUAUUGCCGACAACUCUCUAGCCGAGGCGGUCGCGAUUCUCGAAGGGUUAAAUUUAGCAGUGGCUCGGAGGUGCACAACUCUCACCUGUUACUCCGACUCGCAAGAGGCUCUCCGGCUGAUCCAAAGGGCAUCCGUAGCAAAUCAUGUUAUGAGAGGGCUACUCAUGAACAUCAGGGACAAGAUGAUCAGUUUGAUUGGGAAUGUGCGGUUUUUCCACAUAUGGAGAGAGGGAAAUUCCGUUGCCGAUAUCUUGGCUCGGAGAGGAGCCAAGGAAGAAGCGUUCUUUACGACUUGGGCUUUUCCCCCGGAUGACGUACUCACUCUGUUGGCCAAGGAUGCUGCUUGGUUACCUUACAUGCGCUUAUAG